UCUGUUUAAUGUUUUUCGGGCUGAUUUGUUUCCUUAAUCUAUUCUGCGCGUUCGUGUCCAGGAAGUUUAUUGUCAAAUGGUGAAUAAAUGUCUGUAAAGCCAAUAAAAAUGCCGUCGGCGACGAAAGAUUCCACUAUACUGAAGAUCGCGGUGGAAAUGCUAAAUGCGCCUGAUAAGGUGCCACAGUUGAUAGAGUUUGACCAAAGUCAGCCUCUGUCGAGUAUCAUUCAACUGCUCUGUAAGGCGUGGGGCCUCCCAGACCCUUCCAAUUAUGCACUACAGUUCUCUGAAAGCAACAAUCAAAAUUACAUCACGGAAAAGAAUAGGAAUGAAAUUAAGAAUGGAUCAGUUUUACGUCUGGAGCAAUCUCCCGCAAAGACGGUUCAAGAUAUAUUGGCCAAAAUAAAUACAGGUACAGAACCCGAGCAAUGUACUGCUCUGAUGAAGUUAUCAACUGUCAGCAGCGAUUUAACCUUUGCACUGGAAUUUAUUAAUAAAAAAGGAUUGUCUCUCAUUAUAAGUAACAUUGAAACAGGAAAAUUUAAAGGUAGUGCAUUAAAAUACGCGUUAGUCACUUUUGUUGAAUUGAUGGAUCAUGGAAUUAUAUCAUGGGAUAUUUUAGAAAAUCAGUUUAUCAACAAAGUUGUCAGUUUUGUAAGCAAUCAAACUAACACACAGGAUCCUAAGAUCAUCCAGUCCUGUCUAUCUAUACUCGAAAAUAUUGUAUUAAAUAGCUCAGGAAAGAAUUCCCAUGUUGAAAAAGAAAUAACUAUUCCAAGUUUGAUUUCCCAUUUAGAGAACUCCGACAGAGUGAUCCAACAAAAUGCCAUAGCCCUUAUAAAUGCAAUCUUCUCCAAAGCAGAUUUGACUAAAAGAAAAACAAUUGCUGCAACCUUAUGCUCCAAACAAGUACGCAAUAAAAUAUAUGAAAAUCUUAUUACAAAGAAUGUAUCUAAGGAAGCAUUGGGUACAGAGUUGGCACAUCAGCUCUAUGUAUUGCAGACAUUAACUUUGGGUCUCUUAGAGCCAAGAAUGCGGCAAAGAGCUGAUGUCCAGGAGCAGGAAUCGCAAGAAAAAAUAAAAGAGCUUAGAAAAUAUGCAUUUGAAAGUGACAACAACACAAAUAUUGAAGUAACAACAAGACGGCAAGGUGGGAGCUUGACUAAAGACUUCAAGAAACUUGGCUUCAAAUGUGAAAUAGAUCCAAUAAAGGAUUUUAACGAAAUACCACCUGGAGUGUUGGCAUUGGACUGUAUGCUGUAUUUUGCAAGGAAUUACAGGGAAGAUUACACAAAGAUUGUGUUAAGGAAUAGUUGCAGAGCUGACGAACAAGAAUGUCCAUUUGGUAAAACAAGCGUUGAAUUAGUCAAGCUGUUAUGUGAGAUAUUGCACAUUGGUGAAUCUCCCAGUGAGCAAGGUCAAACUUAUCACCCAUUAUUUUUCACUCAUGACCAUCCCUUCGAAGAGCUAUUUUGUAUCUGCAUUGUAUUGUUGAAUAAGACUUGGAAGGAAAUGAGAGCGACCACUGAAGACUUUAUUAAAGUACUAAGCGUUGUGAGAGAACAAAUAACGAGAGCACUAGCAGCUUCACCAAAAGGAUUUGAUAAAUUUCGACAAAAGGUUAAAGAACUAACAUACAACGAAAUUACACACUUGUGGCAACAAGAACGAACAAACAGAGAAGUAUGGGAAUCCCAUGCAAGACCCAUUGUUGAAUUAAAAGAGAAGAUCACCCCUGAAAUAAUAGAUUUAAUUCAGCAGCAACGUCUGGGAGUGCUUGUUGGAGGAACAAGAUUUAAGAAGUACAUGAAAAUCAAUAGAAAAGAUAAAUUUUGGUUUGUUCGUCUGUCGCCGAACCAUAAAAUAUUGCAUUACGGCGAGUGUGAUGAAAAGAGUACACCGAGUUUGGAAGAACUUGGCUCUAAGUUAGCAGUGGCUGAUAUUAAAUGUGUUGUGGUGGGAAAAGAUUGUCCACACAUGAAAGACUUGAAGGGCAAAAUUAGUAGCCCUCAUUUGGCGUUCUCUUUAAUACUGAAAGCUGCCGAAGUUCCUUCGUUGGACUUUGUCGCUCCAGAUGAACAGAUCUUUGAUUACUGGACAGAUGGCAUUAAUGCUUUGCUAAAAGAAAAGAUGACGAGUAAAUCGUAUGAGAACGAUUUAGAGACGCUGCUAUCUAUGGAUAUCAAAGUUCGCUUGCUUGACGCCGAAGGUAUCGACAUUCCACAGGACCCACCUCAAAUUCCACCAGAACCGGAAGACUAUGACUUUUAUUAUGAGAACAAUUAAUUAUCAGUAUUAUUAAUUGUAAAUAAUAUUAACUAUAUUUAAUACGCACAAAUAUUAUGUAUGUGCUUUUGUAGGCAUAAUUUGGACCAGAUAUUUUAUUUAAUACAUUACAUAGGAUUACAUUUAAAAUGACAAAAUAAUUAUUAUUAUCAAUUAUUUUAUUGUUUAUUAGAUAUUUUUUUGUGUUUAAGUGAUGUUUUAAUUAUUUUAAAUGUAUAUUGAAUCAUUAUAUACUUUAAUUCAAGCUUAUAAUCUUUUGGAAGUAUAUUUGAAUAUACCAAAGACAAUUAUUACCAUAUCUAAAAAAUAAAUGUUUAAAAAUAUUA